UCUCCCACCCGCCCCCCGGGUGCUGCUGCCCCGCAGGCGGCCCGCGCCAUGGCUCUGUCCUGGAGGAGCUGGCUGGCUAAUGAGGGGAGCAAACAUCUCUUUCUGUUUUUCUGGCUCUCCCUCAAUGUAUGGCUCUUCUGGAAAACCUUCCUGCUCUAUUAUCAAGGGCUGCAGUAUUAUUAUUUGCAUCAGAUGUUAGGGCUAGGAUUGUGUGUUAGCAGAGCUUCAGCAUCUGUCCUCAAUCUCAACUGCUGCCUGGUCCUUCUACCAAUGUGCCGUGUCCUCUUGGCCUUCCUGCGGGGAUCUCAGAAGGUUGCCAGCAGGAAAACCAGAAGGCUCCUAGAUAAAAGUAAAACUUUCCACGUGACGUGUGGUGUUACAAUAUGCAUCUUUUCAGUCCUACAUGUUGCUGCUCAUCUGGUGAAUGCUCUUAACUUCUCUGAGAACUACAAUGAAGACUUUCUGGCACUAAAUGCAGCGAACUAUCGUGGUGAGGACCCAAGGAAACUGCUUUUUGCUACUGUUCCAGGUCUGACUGGAGUCAUUAUGGUGUUAGUAUUAUUCCUAAUGUGUACAGCUUCUACGUAUGCCAUCAGGGUUUCAAACUAUGACGUCUUCUGGUACACACACAACCUUUUCUUUGUCUUCUAUAUGCUGCUGAUGCUGCAUGUUUCUGGGGGAGUGCUCAAGUACCAGACCAACUUAGAGGAACACCCUCCUGGUUGCUUUAAUCCUAACAAAACACUUCGACAGAAUAUGACGGUGCCAAAGGCUUUUGACCAGCCGUUUCCUGACUAUACUACUGAGCCUUUCCCAGAGGACUUAGCAGUACCAGAACCCUUUGUACAAAAUAACUUUAUGAGAAUUUGUUCCGAGGAACCCAAGUUCCAGUCACACUUCCCAGAGACCUGGUUUUGGAUUUCUGGACCUCUGUGCUUGUACUGUGUGGAAAGGCUGUACCGCUACAUCCGCAGCAAUAAACCAGUCACCAUAACUUCAGUGAUAAGCCAUCCUUCCAAUGUCCUUGAAGUAAGGAUGAUGAAAGAUGACUUCAAAGCAAGGCCUGGUCAGUAUGUUAUUCUACACUGUCCAAGAGUGUCCGCACUGGAAAGCCAUCCAUUCACCCUUACAAUGUGCCCUACAGAUACCAAAGCAACGUUUGGGGUCCACCUUAAAGUAGUAGGAGACUGGACAGAAAGAUUUCGGGAUUUACUGCUUCUACAUUCAAAUCAAGAUACAGAGAUUCUUCCCAUCUUUCAGCAGAGGCGCUAUCCCAAACUGUAUGUGGAUGGACCUUUUGGAAGUCCCUUUGAGGAAUCCCUGAACUAUGAGGUCAGCAUCUGUGUGGCUGGAGGUAUUGGAGUUACACCAUUUGCAUCAGUACUCAACACACUGCUUGACGGCUGGAAAUGCUACAAGCUCAGAAGACUCUACUUCAUUUGGGUGUGCAGGGACAUUGAAUCUUUCCGCUGGUUUGCAGAUCUGCUCUGUAUGUUGCAUAACAAGCUUUGGCAGGAGAAUCGACCAGACUAUAUAAAUAUCCAGCUGUACCUCAGUCAAACAGAUGGAAUACAGAAAAUAAUUGGUGAAAAAUAUCAAGCCUUAAACUCAAGGCUUUUGCUUGGACGACCUCGGUGGAAACUCCUUUUAGAUGAAAUUGCAAAGUGUAACAGGCGGAAGACCAUUGGAGUUUUCUGUUGUGGACCAAGCAAAAUCUCUAAGAUACUUCAUAAACUGAGCAACAGCAGCAACUCCUAUGGGACAAGGUUUGAGUAUAAUAAAGAAUCCUUCAGCUGAAAGUCUGUUGGACUAGCAAGACUCUCUAGAAGAUAAAAGUGCAAUUUUUUGUUUGUACAACUUAAAAGUUCCGCUGUGGUUUAAGCAGACAGAAAUGUACCAAAGAAUAGCACAGAUUUUCUUAUUUAUGAUUAUUUAAGACUUUGGAAAAUGAUGGAUGCAGCAGUAUACCAACAAAUAAUAAGUGUUUAUGUUCAAACCCAAAUGCACUCGCACAGUAUUUGUGGCGGCAGUGAUUCUUUGGAGUUGUUUCUGUUAAUUAAAAAGUACAGAAGCUGGGGAGAGACACAAUUGCUUUAAAAGCUGAUGGAAGAAGAAUCUGUGGAAUGUUUGAACUUCUUCCACUUCAGUCCUCUGAAGCUGGAUCAGUAAACCAAAACCCAGGUUAAUCCAAAUGAUAAAACAUAGACUACAAAGACUAUUGGCUUUUGUUGGUAUACAAAUCUCAUGGCUUUGGGGUGGAAACACUCCAUAUUAAAGAUUUUAUAUACAGCAGAAUUGGGAUUCUGUAUUUAAAAAUAUAGAGUGUUGCUCUCGCUAGUCUACUUCUUUAAUGGAUGUGAAUAUUCCCACCCUGAAUGGGAGGGUGGAAUAUGGGGAAAGAUGUAAGUUAACCUAUGGAAAAGUGAGCACAACUGCGUAGCACCUGUGGGCAGACUCCACCGUGAUGUAAAUCACAGCCUUUUGGCAAGCAAACGGCUGUAUGUGGAGAACUCUCUAUCUUGCAUCGAUUCAGCAUUCAGUGAGUUUGCAAAAUAAGUGUGAUUUAUGCAGCCAGAAAGAUGUAGCAAGAAAAGCGAUUAAUGGGAGCAGACAGGAUAUGAUGUUUUAUUAUACUACGUGCUCAACGUGGAAGUUGCACUCACUCUGCACUCACAUGCCCUGAAUGUCAAAUACUUAAGCAUUCAGAUGCUCUCACUGAUUAUUUUACAACGCAGUGGGUUGAAAUCCAAUUUUAGAGGUCCCAGAGUAUGUUUGGCUGACGGUGAUCUUUUGAGUACCUUCCCUGGAGUCACACUUGUUUGCUCUGAUGUCACUGAAAGCAGGAUCGGGCCAGAUCUACAGCAGAGUAAGAACGAAGCCCUCAUUACUGUGCCUCUUUGCAUCAUGUGUGCAGAUAGGAACCUUGCAGGAGCUGUGGUGUGGUUAUAGUGUGUUCCAAAGGGGAGGAUCUGAAACACCCAAAUUUAAGCUUUCCUUCCCUUCUCCUCCCCACAGCUGUUUUCCACUCUGCUCGUAGUUGCCAUGGAAAGGCUAGAGGUUGAAACAGGCACUUUAUAACUUUUUGGUUCUGAGGAACAACUUUUCUUUCCUCCAUCCAAUAGCCAAUCCAACUUCCUUUAUGUCUUCUUUACCCCCUUUUCCUUAUUUUGCUGAGAUGAGAGAAUUUACACAGGAGUCAGACAGUUAGCUGGCAUAAAUAGGCAUCAUUCUAGUGCAUCUUAGUAGAGCAGCAUCACUUUGCACAUGCUGAAAACCUGCCCCUUAUUCUCCAGCAGAAGCUUGGGAGCAAUACCCUGUGGCGUUUGCAGCACACCCCAACGUAAGAUAGCUCAGCAUCUCUCAUGCCCGUGCUUCACCUGUAUUUAGCACAGUGCAUUUGAUUUGGUUUACAUCUUUCCAAUGAAGACCUUUUUUAUUGUAGUAGGAAAGACUCUAACUUUCAGCUCACAACACAAACUCUGUACAGGGGUCUGCAAGUAUCAGUAUCAGUGUUCAGAGGGAAGCGUUUUUCUAGUAAGUGGUGUAUAGGCAUGUUGCAUGUGUAACUAGUGAAAAUGAGUUUAGUCUGUGCCUUGGCAGCUUCUGCUCAGGAGUUGCCCUCGGUGGAGCAGCAGGGCAGAGCUGCAGCAGCGAAGGCACAUGGGGACGUGUUCCUCAGUGUCGGGACUUUGCACUGAAGGUUUUACCUCUGGCUUUGCCCAAUUUGUAAUUCAGGGGGGAAGGAAAGAGCCAGAGUUGGACGUAUUCCUACUGAUGAGAAUUCUCAAAGUAGCCUAGAGGAGAGAAGCCAAAACAGAAAUGCAGUGUGAGGUGGAAGCCUACAUUGCAGCUACUGAUUUUCUUUUUUUUUUUUGAGGCUGGAAGGAUCAUUAUUUUCCCAUUGGAUCUCAUUCAUCCAUCACUGUAAAACUGAAGGUAUGCAGCAAAGGAUUAGAUCCUUUUUAAUCAUUAAGAUUUAUUUCUAAUACUGCCUGCCUGGGUUUUAUAAUAAACAUAACACUGAUGGCAAAAUGCAUAGAUAUUGGAUAUUGCUGAUACUGCAGGCUUUUUUGUUUGCUGGGAGUUAGCUUAAAGCGUGAUUGAAAUCAUGACUACAUCUAUUAACCACAACCAGACAGUGAUCUUUUUCCACUUGUUUUAGGAUCUAGUAUCUAAUGUUUUUUAAAUAUGGUUUAGAGUCAUCUAAUCACGAUGUUGUUUGUGGUUUCACGUCUCCUCUCUGAUAGAUAUCGGUUCCAUUACCAUAUAAUGAGCAGCUAGUUUAGUAGUUAGCUCUGUGCUAAAACAGAUUAUAUGUUCUGGCUCAGCUCCUAUAUAGGUAGUGCUUUAUAAUUAAAAUAGUAAUAUUAGUACUGCGCUCUUGUUCUGCAUUGUAGCAGGAGCUGACGCAGCGUGUAGGCAUAUUAAAUGCCUGUUGUUACAUUAGGCAGUGCUGUCAGGGCAAGAAUAAGCAGAGCCAGGGACUCCUCUUUCUGCCUUCGUCCUGUACUAACCUCAGCUGACCACUUGUAAAACAGGCUUGGGACUGUCUACCUUUCUGGAGUGUUGUGAGGCUUAAUUAAUGUUUGGGGAUCACUUCAGUGCACCUGCAGUGGAAAGAUCUAUCUAAUUGCUGUGCAACUGUAUUUGUGUUUUAUUUUGUGUAAACCUUUCUAUUGCUGAUAUGACUAAUUGCUAGACCAGGUGAGGAGGAGUUUGGGGAAAGGCUAAAAGCCUCAGUUGCUUUUUUCCUUUUCCUUGAGCUACGCUUUUUAGAGGAGCGAAAAGUUUAAGGGUUAGCGACUGUGACUUGGCUUCAGGAGUGGCAGACGUUAUGAUAAACACGGUCUUUCCACAGGCUGCAUUGUCCUUGCUGCUUCUGAGUGUGUCGCCAGCUUGCAAAACUGAGCCGAGCCCUCUUUUAAACUCCAUAGCUUUUUUAUCCGUGAGCCAAGUGUAUGUGAAAAUAUAACUCCAUGCCAGCAAAGUAAGUGAAGGCUGACAGCACUUAAUUCCACAUUUACAGAUCAACCGGAUUUACGUAAUUGAACAUCUUUACUCUUUAAACUGAGUCCUGUAAGUGAGUCUGUCGUAAGUGUCCUGCUGGCAGGGGAAGGAUCCCGCCAUGUCUUCUGCCACUUCUCACUCAGUCUGUCACAAAACUGCAGACCUCUCAGUGUUUGGUCAGCAGGAGCGUUGUGUUAUAUUCAUCAUAAAUGUUUCAGGACUUUUCUUUAAACUAAGAAUGUUUUCAUGCAAUGGUGGAAACCAAGCCCUUUCCCUGCAAUGAGAAUCCAGCCCUUGUACAGCAGUGUGAGACUCGGGGCUUUACACAGCUAACAGCUGGAUUAAUCAGAUUUACCGGAGAAAUCCUAUUCCCAUAGCACUGAGAUUACUUGUGUGAGUAAAUGUUCACUGCCAUAGCAAAGGACUGCAGAGGCGAGCCCUGGUGGAGCAUGGGAAGGGCUGAUGAGGAGUGACCUUCACCUCCGAAGUCUGCAGGACAGCCCGUCCCUCCAUGAUGAUUAUUCCAGCCCUGAUUUGGAGCAACGCUUCCCUGUUUCAGCAUAUGGUUCCAAUAGCAUGUGAGUUCUUCCUUGGUCUUUUAUCUGCUCUUCUAGGAGACGGGACUGAAAGGAGUAUGAGAGAUCACAACGUACAACCUUGGACCUGGGCUGGGGAGAGGACACCAGUGCGUAGCACAGACGCCUCGCCGGUGACUGCACUGCUUAGGAUAGAAAGUUUAAGCCAAAUCCGUUUUUCUGCAAAAUGCUGAUUGUUUUGCCACAACAGACUAGAGAGCAGUUGCUGUAAAGGGAAAAGAGAUAAACCCAACCCUCUCUCUGUUUGAAGACUCCUGCCCACACAAGCCCGACGUGAAUAUGUGUAUGAAAGCACUGCGCACAUUCAGUUCCCGCUGCAUCCCGAUCGCGGACUUACUCCCUCAGCACUGAAUCGCCAUCGUUUUCUUUGGUUGCAGAUCUUCACCUGUCUUGUUAGCAGAUGUGCCUUGCAGGUGAGAGAAGUACUACAUAUACUUGCGUCUGUGCACAGUCUGAUAUAAGCAUGGAGCAACCUGUGAGCACGCUUUGCAGCCAGUGCAAGCAAGAGCGGAGUCGUCCCUUUGCUUCUAAUACUUCUAGCGCAUAAGUGAGAAAGUGAUUUGGAGCUGGCUGAGAAGGAGCAGAUAAUACGAGUGGCAGACCAGCCGCAUUGGGAACAGUAAUUCAGCUAUAACGGCCUAACAGAGCAGAGAAGUAAUGGUUUGGUAAGACAUUUGCUUUUAGAACAGCAGCCUAAGAGAAAAGCCUCUACUCAACACUAACGCACCAGGUUGUAGUUUCAAACUACAAGACAUUGCUUAGAGAAGCAGGCAGGAGUCUAACUAGUCAUUGCCUAUGGCAGUUCAAGCCCUGUAAGUCAGAGAAGAGACAUAGUUAUUAAAAUGCAAUGUUUACUUGUUUAAAAAAUAAAAGGGCUUCUAGGGAGAUUAAUUUUCACUUCAGCCUGGCAAUCAUUUCAUAAACAUGCCAGCAUGAUUUAAGACAAGCUGGAUCUGUUCUUCUCUGGAUUAUGCAUCUAAUUUGUCUGCAGAUUUCCCACCCCUCACAAAUAAAACUGUUUUUUAUUGUUUUAACAAAGAGGAUUUAACAGCAAGGUUUAAUCAAAAUGCCACUGGUGCCUGUGCUGAACUGAGCUUUUCUGCAAUGUAUGUACAUUUUUCAGGGAUAUAUAUAAUACAUCUGAUGACUCAACUGUGAGCAGUGAUUUGGGGUUUGCAUCCUCUCUGCUACUGGUGUAUUUCAUUAAGGCCACUAUAGUGAUGCACUGGUGAAACGCAUGGAGCUGAAAUGACACUCUUCAUUCCCAUAAAGAGCCUGAUAUGUUAGUGCCACUUCUAAGUGUAGCAAAUCCCAGAAACUCUGGAAUUUCCUUUGUAGAUGCAGUAGAUUGAUUAGCCAGCAUCUUUUAGGGUUGAACCCCGAGUCCUCUGCUGGACUGACAUGUAUAAUGAAUGCUCUUACACGAAAGUUUUGAGCAACAAAUGCUGCUCCUUAAAGGGCUGGAGGAGUAUUUGUGAAGGUUUAGUAUCCUGCUAGUUGUAUUACCCAUGUUGUAAGAGGGAUCUGUUUUGGUGCUGUGGAAUGCUGUGCACUUUCUCUGAGGUUAUGAAUAUCUCCACGCUUGCAGUGGACGCUCAAGGUUUGCCGAGCCUGAAGUGUUAUAUUUUCUAGAAGAUCAUAUUUGUAAGAGGCAGCUGCUGGUGCUCUACUAACAGCAGUGGAUCUGUCCCAUUAGUACAGGGCACGGAGAGAAAGCUGGAGAAAGCCACCCAUCCCAAUUGUAGAUUGCCUCUUAACAAAGCCCUUGGAUUUCUGAGGAUGUCAGACCUUGCAAAAAUAUUUACGUGCUGUCUGCCUCUUCCGGGCAAAGUCUGUCCAUCCCACAGUCCAAAAUCUGCACUUUCUUCCUAAUGAUCUGUACUGUUACACCAGGAGGGGGAAGCCAAGAGUAGCUCCUGAAGUUUCAACUGCUGUCAACUGAGGAGCAAACCAAGAAGGGCAGGAGAGCAUGAUGAAUGCCAGCAAUGAACAGGAUGAGAUAUUUUGAACCUGGGAGCAAAGGGGAAGGAGUGAGACAUUUUUCCUGGCUUCUCAAUUCUAGAAAUUACAAGCAAGCCUUGUUUUCUGGAUGUGGAUACAAAGUCUCCGUGGGAUUUGGGAACUAAUAUGUGCAAAGACAUUGCAUUUCUGUGCACAACUUGGUGGUAAAGCACAUAAGAGAACUGGUAUAUUUUAGUAAACACCUUGGAAAUAAGCAAUUUGUUUGCAAUAAAUCCACCAUUGACUCUUUCUAGUUAACCUGUUUCAAAAAACCAUCCACUUCUGUUUUGCAGCUUUGGGGUUGGGAAUGGCUUUACCUGUUAACUUCUCUUCACCAAAAUACUGAAGCGUGUAGUUCUCUGUGCUAGCUGUAAGUAGCUUUGGCAGUUGACUAAAUAAAUUCUGUGUUCGUUGCUGCUGACCCUAGGUGAGGACAGCCUUGAGGAUGAGAAGCAGUGUUACAUAAAUGUCUAGUGUACAUAGCAACACUGAGAAGAGAGACGCUGCUGCAUUGCUUUUGGUGCACCAGUCACACAUUAAAAUUCUGUCAUUGCAAGGUCGUGUUGCUCAUCUCAUACUCUACAACCCUGGGGAAGAAAUUUGGAUGAGAGGUGGGGGAGGAAAAGGGAAAACUUCCUCCUUGUGCUGUAACCAAGAAUACAUUCAUCGACAGCAGGGCAUUUCUUUCAAUUUCAAAAAAGCAUGUCAUUUCUUUUUCAGGGAUAACAGAUUCUCUCCUGGUGCUGUGUAGUGGUGUUUGCGUGUUAGAAAUGUAACACAGUGAUAACGGGUUGCUUCUGAAUUGAAUAAAUAACGCCUCUGAGCCUUUUCUUCUCCCUUUAAUAAUCCGAGAGAAAUGCAAAAUACCAGAGAGCAUAUAGAGUGGACUGUGUCCUGAGAUGCACUCAGUGCAGCCUGGUUAGGAAUGCUUUACAGAAACUCUGCAAGCUGCUGGGAAGAGGCGAGGUUUAAGGCAAAGAACAAAACAACUGUUUUAAGGAGAAAUAGAGCAGUGAUACAUGAUCUGUAGUCAGAAGCAGGCCAUGUCGCAACACUGGCCAUCAUGUCUUUGGAUGGUGCUGAGUCAGAGCCUAUCCUAAAGGUACACUUUGGCAUCAGGGAAGGUCGAGGGCUCUCGGAUUGAGUCUGCAAUGUGAGAUGAAAGCAGGUUUAAAAGCAGCCGGGUGAGCCACCUGUGUGCACUUUCCAGCUUGGAGCUCAGACCUGUCAUAUCCGAGGGUGAAUUGUGUAGACAACGAGCCGGUCUGACUCUUGAGUGCAGUCUCAGUUGUGUGGUUAGCUGAGGGUAUGGACAUACCCCUUGUAUUUCUGUAGCUUUGUAGAAGCGUGUUGUUCAGGGUCUGGGGAGCAGGGUAUGUUACUGUACCUCAUUGGGUGUUGGAUGCCUGAAAGCAUGUACUGUCCAGAACAGAUGAGGAUAGUGAAUGCCAGCUUCCACUGACAACUGAAUAUAACCUGCCCAUAUUUGCACUAGUGUUCAUGAGGAAUAAAUGGCAAAAUCUCUGCAGAGAAGAUACAAGUGCUGUGUUUUUCCUUUAUUGUGUCAGAACAACAUAAAUAACUGUUAAAAAAUAUUUGAUAAGAAUGUGAAGAUUCACCUACGGCAUUACUCUUUUUGAUUGCUUAAGCACUUGUAAGUGUUUGAUAUAUGCUUUUUGACAAAAACAUAGUGUCCCCAAGCAGAGCUUAAAAACAUGGCUGAGAUGCAACUUGGCAAAGGGUCUCCACCUGAUAGUGAAGUAUCGUCUCUUGGAGCUGGAUGCAUUGGUGCUUUCAUUAAUCUCAGUCUGCUCCCUCUCCAUGGAAGAUUAGUGGGAGCUGAGCUUUCAGAUCCAUCUCAUCCUUUCUGUAUACCCUCAGCCUUUAUUCAGAGAUGUGCUUUAACCCUUGGUUCACUGGAAACAGCCUCAUCCACGUGUCACAUAGCCCUUCUUUUCUGCGCUCUCUCCCUCCAUAGCACAUGUUGUGUCAAGAGGUUUCUCCCACCCUCUGCUUCCCUUAACUCAGGAGAAUGCCAGUUUGGGAAAUGCAGAGGUCCUCAAUUUUAAUCGGCAUGCAUCAGCCUUUAUAACGCUCCUAAUGUACACAAACCAACGGGGGUUUUGUAGUCACUUUGAUGAGCUUUAGUGUACUGAUGGGUUGCAGCAUCCUACUCCUGGAGAUGCUUUGUAAAAUGAGAGGAGGGGCAGUGCCACAAGGACAGCUGUGUAGAAAAUGGGGAAAACUCAUAAUAGCAAAGAAUAUGUCAUCUUCUGAAUGAGAAUCGGGGAUUUGGUUUUGUGAAAGUCAGAUCUUUUGUGGCCAUCACUGAAAUUAAGUCAUGUUUCUGCUUUCGCACGUAGGCAUUUCAGGACAGCGGGCAGUGAUGGAAAGGGUUGCUUUUUUCAACUAUUCUCUAUUUCCUUACAGCCCCUAGUUUAUCAACUGCAUAUAAAUUCCUCCUUUCACUGAUUAAAUAUUUCCUCGCCUGGUUUCUUUGCUUGAGGGAGCUUGAGAGCUCAUUGUUUAUAGAGGAAAAGAAGAAGGAUUGUGCUGUUAAGCAGACAACUCCCAACACAUAUGUUCUGCUCUGCAUCUUUGAGAAGGAGGCACUGAUGCUGCUGCAACUGCAGAAGGGCAGAGCUUUCACUGAGAUUCAGAUGUGACCAAGACCCUCUUCCAGGAUUCCUAUGUCGAUGAAGCUCUGGGCUUAUUAGUUAGCUUUUUCUGAAACAAGUAGCCUUAGCCCAUAUGUGCCAGGUUGUCAAACCCUUAAUCCCACUGAGUUUUUCUCUCCCUGCAUUCCUUCUAAUCACUUGCAAGGGCACAUUUGAUGAAGCACAUUUGGUUAAGAAAUGGUUCCCUUGGUCUGUGAUAGCUGAGGAGAAAAGUCAUAAUUCUGACAUUUUUCCUCAAACCGAUGUCCGAAAAGGUAUUUUGACUGGACCAGCUAUAUUAGUUCCAUAAUGUGCAUAUGGGUUUUUUUCAUGUUCUAUGGUUUUACACUGUUUAAAUAUAUUUUCAUUUCAGAUCAAAAAAGCAGAACAAAAACCCCCCAAACAUCUUUUUACUUGGGCUAACAUCUUUAGCAUGUCCAAAACAUGUCUGUUUUAAAAAAAUUCUUCCAAGAUGCUUAGAAGGAGAGUGGAAACCAGCUGGAAAAAAAUAUUCUUUUCUAAUGGCAAAGCAUUCUUUAGGAUUUUUUUCUUUCCAACCUUCAUUAGUGAAAAAUACUGUUCAAACUAAGCAAUACUACCACAAUCUGAGCUUCGACAAGUGAAAAUCUUUCUUCUGAAGCAAAGCAUCUCUCUAGGACCAUGUCUGCACUGUCAGCUGAACCUUCAAGGCAAUGUCUGCGGCAGAUCGAGACUUGGGUUGCUCCACAGCUUGAGCCCAAAGGCUGAGCCGGCCGCUGGAGGCUCGAUGGGCUCUUGGGCGCACACCAGCCCUCGCGUGAGAGAGCUGUGUGUGCUGAGGGCAGGGAGCUUGUUGGGCAUUUAGCCUUCUUUAGCCACAGCUUACCUUACUUCGUAAUGGUUUUCUGAAGUGAUGAGGAUAUAGAGUUAGGAAUUAUUUCAGAAAGGAAGAAGGCGAAUGAUCUAUUUUUCUCUCACUUUGGAUGGUUACGUGGGACUCAGAGGCCAUGUGAGAGUUUGACAUCGUAAAUAUCCAAGGACUGGGCACACUGGUACGAGCGUGGGUAUCCUGAAAAGACCUUAGCCUGUGAUCCCACUAGUCAAAGGACUUCUUUGAACCAGAGUGCUGCACAGACAGAAAAUAAUUAAUCAAGAUCCAGUCUCACAAAGGAAGAUGCGAACCCCAGACAAAAUUGUUGCCAUCCCUAAAAUCUGGAAAAAGCAAUAAACUAAGUUCAACUUUCCGAUUUUUCUUUCAAGAAAUAAGCCUUGGAAGUAGUUAUUUCCAGUUAACAUGCAUAUGUGAUAGAAAAAAUUAAUGCCCUGUUUUUUCUGUAGUUGCAGGUCUUGACUUUUUCACUACAGGAUACAUUCUUCCUUCACUCUUUCCUGUCCCAAGAGAGAGAGGCCAUAAAAUUUGUUCUAAAUUUCCAAUUCUGUAAUUAUAUAUUUUUUCCACUAGAGCUGAAAUAAUGUAUUAAAAAGGAAGGUGGCAUUUACUUUUUUAUCUCUAUACAAUGUGCAAGAUAACCAUUUUGGAAAGUACUAGCAUAAAUGUCCACAAUUUUGAGUACGCAAUGUUCUUUUCAGAGAUGCCUGUUUACAUUAAUGUAAUUUCAAUCUGUUCUUAUGUUUUUAUAGAUCAGGAUGUGGUACAAUUCUUUGAAGAGAAAUGUCUGCUUAGUUUCCAAGUGGAACAGAAAGCAAAAUUUGGUCUUGAACUUCCGUUCUUAAUUUUUUCCUCCAGGCUUGACUUUUAGAAAAAGAACAGUACUUACUGGGUUUGUGCCCAUAACAAGUCACACUUUGUCAUAUGAAACAGCCCAUUUUGUAGCUUCAGCUUGCUGCCCCCCAACACAACAGAGGAAUUAUAUUUCACUGGCUGGAAGGAUUUAAAUAGGUCACUAUUGUAACUGCAUGCCUCGUAAACCUUCAAAGAGUAAGCAGUAAGCUUUUCGACUCUGCUAGUUCCCAUCAAAUGAAGCAAAGGUUUUACCAGUUAGCUGUAUAAUAAGGCAGAGCUAGAAAACUGAUUAUAAAAAAAGCUUUGGGAUUUUCUUUUUCUUCUCUUGCUUUUUCCUGAGUCCUUUGGGGUUUUUUCUUCUCUUUUUCCUGAGUCAUGUGCAGAAAUCUUUUCCUGUAGUGUCCCUUUCUUAAUUAUACAGUGUUGUGAGGGUAGAUGCAAACCAUUGGCUAAAAAAAGGUUCAGACUGGGAGAAAUACUAAGCUUUAUCCUAUGGUCUUCUGGAGUUUCCCUACAAACCAGUUACUCUGCUUAGGAUUUUCAGGGUGACAUGAAGAAUUCAAGUUCACUGAGGUUUUGAUACCCAACUGCAUUAAGCUUCUUUAUAAAAUCCUAUGUUCUUUUUGCCUACCUGUAAAAUGGGGACUGCCACACCUGAAAAGAGUUUUAUGGGUUUGCCUGGCAAAGAUUCCUUCAUUUCAAAUUUGUUUAGUUAAAUUGCAAAAUGCUGGUUGCAGUAUGGAAAGGAUGCUUCUUUCCAAAAACACUACACUGAAUUAGCUAUUUUAUCUUAAUGGCAAUCCUGACAAGUAAAGUAUUUGGCUGCUGAGUUCUGUUGCUGUUCAGAUGUUAUUUUUACAUUCUGUUAUAUUAGCAGGAUGCCCUAACGUGAGUUUAUGUCUCUUAUUGUAUUUGACAAAGCACCAUACAUUUAUUCAUCAUGUAAUUAUGGCACUGUACUCUCAAGGUAUUUACUUUACAGGAAGCUUCGUGACUUUGGAAUAAACAACCAUUCCAAGACUGA